GACAUGGAAUUUCGAAACCACCUGUCUGCAUUCUCAAACAAUCCAAUGGGGACGAGAACAAAGGAACCGAGAGCAUCGCCUCUUGAUUGCGUAUUGAAUCUGAGCAGCGGUGCAUCUGUAGACUUGUAUUGCAUCGCUUUUAUCCGAGAACUAACUACUCAGGAGUAACAGUAGCCAGAUAGAUGGUCAGUAUAGACAGCGAGACAGCAUUCUACUCCUUUCCAGCAUCCGUCCAGUGCGCAGACGGAGACGUGCUUGGGUACCUGGUCAGUAAUUAUCCAUCCGCAGCCAGACCCUCCAGCAUCAGACAAAUAAAAAGGAGAGAUAAGACAAGACAAAACCAGCGUCACUCCAGCAAGGCGUCACCAUCCAGCCAGGGGCCAGAGGGGUGAAGACUAGACAUUCAUCAAGUUAGACACGCACACGGUUGGCGGUCCUUAUUGAGUUAAUUGAAUUUUAACUUUCACUGUCUAAUAUCGUCCAGAUAGAAGUUUCAGACGGGUGAAGCACAAUCGAGAUAUAAUCGAGAUAUAACAGAGAUAUAACAGCACCGCCCAACGUGCAAAAUCGCCAAAGUUCAAACUUCCCCCCCUCCCAAGCCAAAAAUUCCCAAAUUCCCAAACAACCUUACAACCCCCCAACCCCGGUUUCUCGCAUAUCCACACCCAUCAUCCAUCUAUCCAUCGCAACAACGAAAUCCGUUACCCUCUCCCCCCCUUCAAUAAUAAAUACUAUUCUACUUCAACAUCAACCAUGGCGAAUGACGAAUACGACUUCCUGUUCAAGGUUGUCCUUAUCGGAGACUCUGGCGUCGGUAAAUCCAAUCUUUUGAGUCGAUUUACUCGAAAUGAAUUCAACCUAGACUCGAAAUCAACCAUCGGUGUAGAGUUCGCAACUCGAUCAAUUCAAGUGGAUGCAAAGACAAUCAAGGCGCAGAUCUGGGAUACCGCUGGCCAGGAAAGAUAUCGCGCCAUCACAUCCGCUUAUUAUAGAGGUGCCGUCGGUGCUCUUCUGGUUUACGACAUUAGCAAACACCAAACCUACGAAAAUGUUACAAGAUGGUUAAAGGAGUUGAGGGAUCAUGCUGACUCCAACAUUGUCAUCAUGCUGGUCGGAAACAAGAGCGAUUUAAGGCAUCUUAGAGCUGUGCCAACGGAGGAGGCCAAGCAGUUUGCCAGCGAAAACAACCUAUCUUUCAUUGAGACCUCAGCUCUCGAUGCUAGCAACGUCGAGCUUGCCUUCCAAAAUAUUCUAACUGAAAUUUAUCGAAUUGUAUCCCAGAAAGCCCUCGAUAACGGUGAUUCUGCACAGGCCACUAUUGCAAGUGGUACAAAUAUUACACUUACGCCUCCUCCUUCGGACGAGGCAGCAAAGGGAGGCGGAAAAUGUUGUUAAAUAGUCAGGCGUUCUUACUUCGCGCAACUACACGGACAUAUUGGUUGAUGGUUGAUACAAAGGUGUGGCGUCUUUAAGUGUCAUUGCGGGAGCAUGGGGGGUUACGAAGUCAGGGCUAAGCAAAACGCUCAGCACUCGAUGAGCGCGGGCUCAAGGAUAUCUUCCCUUUUUUUUUCCAAUUAUGUUGUCCGGUGGUUCUUCCUCUUUGGGA